UUUAAAGACCUCCUUUAGUGUACAGUAUUGACUCGGCAAUGAUAGAGUUGGUGAGCAGAAGUUCCCACCAUAACCUCCGGAUUGAGUCAAGCGCUUGUUGUCUUCCUCGCCAACGCCUUGUUGACAAAACACACCAGCUGGAACACCACGAUCAUAGCAACAGCGGAACCGACAUCAUACCACUACAAUCACCUCAACAUUACAGUCGCAUUCGCAGCCCAUUAUGUCUUACGGGCAUCGCAUGAGCAUGGCCCCACGCGCCACCACUCACGGCGCCCACAACCAACGCGCCCCUCCGCCGCAAGAGAACGACGCCUUCAUGACACUGCCCGACUCUGAGAUUGCUGGAUGCAUAACAGACAUCGGUAUUGCCUUUACUGUAGCAGACCUCCAAAAGCCCAAUCCACAGAUCAUCCAAAAGGUGUUCGAAUGGCUCGCGGAGCUGCUCAUGAACACGACCCGCGAAGUUAUUGCGCCUGCGAUGGAGGCUGCGGCAAAUGAUCUUUGUGGUGAAGGCGCUGAACGUCUAUUCACUAGCGAUACACGCGAUCUCAUGGCUUUCUUCGUCAUCCUGAAGAAGCUGUUGCACGAAUGCGGCAUUCAUGAUUUCACCUUUGCGGACCUUUACAAGCCUGCCCAUCAUCGAUUGGUUAAGAUCUUCUCGUACAUGAUCAACUUCAUAAGAUUCAGGGAAUCGCAAACGCAGGUCAUCGAUGAGCACUUCAACAAGGCCGAGCGCACGAAGCUACGAAUCGAGCAAUUAUACAACGACAAGGCUACAAAGGAGAUGCAGCUUGCUGAGCUACAGCGCAACCGAACGGCUACCGAGAGGCUCAUGCAAGACAGGAAAAAGCGCAACGACGAACUCAAAGCCAGGCUAUUGGAGCUAAAGCAAGGCCAAGAGUCCGUAAUGGAGAAGCUUGAGCGGGCGAAGGCCGAGCAAGCCAGGCUUAAGGAAAUGCUGCAGCAGAAAGUCGAGAAUAAGGAGAACGUACAGCGCGAGAUCAUCAAGUUGAAGCCGUACACGCAGCAAAGCCCAACAGCCCUCGAAGACUCGCUGCGCGAUUUGAACGACCGCCUUGCUGGCGAUAAGAGCCACAUCGAUACCCUGGACCGUCGCGCCCGCGCUCUGCAAACAUCAACCGACUCGUUCGGCAUCGUCAUCACAGAUGUUGCGUCGUGUACACGACUCUUGACAGACGUGCAAGCCGAUCUUGCAAAAGAGGAAGAAGAGUUGGCAAAAGCAUCACGACACCGCGACGCACUCGCAGACCGCAGCAACAACGUUAGAGACGUCGAGCGGCAAGAGCGACUACUCCAGAAGCAGCUGAGCAAUGUGAACGCCCGAACACAAAAGCUGAAAACAAAAGGCAACGAGGAAGCUGAGCGCGCGCGCAUACGCAUGGAAGAGCUCCGCGAAACGCACUCCAAGUUGAAUGAGGAACGAGGCGAGAAGGGGCGCGAGAUGGAGAGACGGCGGGUGCGCAUCGAGCAGACAGAGAAGAAGAUGGCAGAGCUCAAGGACAACAUAGAGAACGAGGUCCAUGCGGCGCACGACGAGUACAUCAAGAUGGAGAGUCACAUCAAGCUCUAUAUCACUGAGAUGGAGCAGAGCAUCUAGGAGUGUUCGGCUGUAUGCACGAGUCUGCGAAGCCCCGACUGGUGCUUGGAUGUCUUAUGACGGAGUUUGUUUUCAGCGCCUUCUGAUACCUCAUAUCUCUUUUCUUCGAUACCACACAUUAUUACUUCUAGUCAGCGUUCGAGUUUUGCGCGUGGUUCACCCG